AUUGAAAGAUUCAGAAUCAUUGCCCUUCAAAAUGGCGGCUUACAUGUGUAAUGUACUAAUUUGUUAAUGGAAUGACUUUAUGUAUACUUGUGCAUAGUAAAAAAUGCAUUCAAUACAAUCAUUGACAACUGUUAAUUCACUGGUUACUCCUGGAGUUAAUCUGAAGCAUUUUAUUUGCCGAAGUCUAACUGAAAUCGUGAGACUUUUUGAGGGGGUGUUAUUUAAUAAUGAACGUAAUCAAUUAGAGUAUGCCCUGUAUAAAUUGGAACAAGUCAUUCAAAUUGGAGUUAGCAGUGACGAACAAGGUCUGUGGAAUCAAGUUUUUCCAGUAGGUUUGCUGGAUACACUUAUUCAAGCCUUCAAUACGUUACUUGAGGAAACUGUAUAUUCAGAUUGCUCAACAGCCUCAGCGUUGUUACUAUCGAAACCAGCCACUAUCCGGAAAAAUUCAGCAGGAAGGCCAGAAUUCGAGAUUAACUGUGAAACACUAAAACUUUUUCUCAGAAAUGGCUAUGAUAAUCACCCAUUACGAACUGAAUCCAAUAUGACUCCCAAUCAGAUGUGGGUGUAUGGUUUGAGUCAACUUAAUAUUAACCACAAUGCAAUGUUCGAACAAACCAACAUAAACAUGUAUGGUGUAGAUUUUGAGGGACCUUUACCUUCUCAAACAUACAGUGGUGAAAUAUCUUGUGAAAGCUCUGUAGAAGUCCCACCUACAGCCUGCCCAUUAAAUGACCAGCAAUUGGAAAGUUUUCAGAAUGCUGUUGAUCCUUUGGCAUCAUCAUCAUCACAUGGACUAGACAUAUAUUUGAACGCAAUAAAUUUUAUUCAGAAUAUUCUCCAAUCACAAGCUGGCAAUAAUCAUUCCAACUGUUAAACACAGAAUUGAUCAUCUUAAUUAAACAAAAAAUGUUAGCUCUAGAAAUUUAAGUUUUGUGACAUUAAUUUUAAACAGCAGACAAACAUUUGAAAGUAACUGUUUAUUAACAAUACAAUGCAUUAAUAGUCUGGAGCCAGUUGCACAUAACCUGGAUAAAGUUAUCUGUUGAAAAAGAUAUAUUUUCAUUAUGAUAAUGUUAACUUUGCACUUCUAAGAGCAGUAUUUUAUUUCAUUCAUUGCUCAGUGCAAAUCAUAAUUUUUCUUUUAAGAGAUUUUUAAAUGUUUAAAAUAUUGUGAUUGAGUGGAUAGUGCCAUUCUACCUUUGAGCAACUGGCCUCAGUGAUUCAGUUUAAACAAUUCAGUACAAAUAACAUUAACUGAAAAUGGGGACAUUUUCAAACAUAACUAUUUACUGUAAUAUGUAGUCAAACAACUUAAAAGAGUAUUUUCAUUGCAAAA